UGCUUGUCACUGCCACAGGAAUGGGUCUGAAAACAGAAAACACCAUCAUGAUGAUGAAGAAGGAGAAAGUCACAUCCACUCGUGGAGAGGAAGGAAACUGAAUCCUCUUUUAGAAAAAAUAAAAAUAAAAAUCAGGAUAAGGAUGAAUUGUUGUGUCCGAACUGGAAUUGAGGCAUCAGGAAGGGCACUGGUGUGUUGCUAAAUGGAGUCGAAGCAGCUGUACCACAGAGGUUACUGCAGGAACAGCUACAACAGCAUCGCCAGCGCCAGCAGCGACGAGGAGCUGCUGGAUGGAGCUGGCGUCAUCAUGGACUUCCACACCACUGAGGAUGACAACCUCCUAGAUGGAGAUGCCGCCUCUCCAGGGUCUAACUACGCCAUGUCUAACGGAGGCGGAGUUGCCAGCAGCUCCACUCACCUGUUGGACUUCCUAGAGGAGCCUAUACCUGGUGUAGGGACCUACGAUGACUUCCACACUAUUGACUGGGUUCGUGAGAAGUGCAAGGACCGAGAGAGACACAGAAAGAUCAACAGUAAGAAAAAGGAGUCAGCAUGGGAAUUCACAAAGAGUCUAUACGAUGCCUGGUCUGGGUGGCUGGUGGUGACUCUCACUGGCCUGGCCUCAGGUGCUUUGGCUGGCCUUAUUGACAUUGCUGCCGAUUGGCUGAAUGACCUAAAGGAGGGCGUGUGUCUAAGCGCCAUGUGGUUCAACCACGAGCAGUGUUGCUGGACGUCCAAUGAGACCACCUUUGCUGAGCGGGACAAGUGUCCUCAGUGGAAGAGCUGGGCUGAGCUAAUACUGGGCCAGGCUGAGGGUCCCGGUUCAUACAUCAUGAACUACUUCAUGUACAUCUACUGGGCUCUGUCCUUCGCUUUCCUGGCUGUCUGUCUGGUGAAGGUGUUUGCUCCUUACGCGUGUGGCUCAGGGAUCCCAGAGAUCAAGACCAUCCUGAGUGGGUUCAUCAUCCGGGGCUACCUGGGCAAGUGGACCCUGAUGAUCAAGACCAUUACUCUGGUACUGGCUGUGGCGUCCGGCCUCAGCCUGGGGAAAGAAGGACCUCUGGUCCACGUGGCCUGCUGCUGUGGGAACAUCUUCUCCUACCUUUUCCCAAAGUACAGCAAGAACGAAGCCAAGAAGAGAGAGGUUCUCUCUGCUGCAUCAGCGGCCGGGGUGUCUGUGGCUUUUGGAGCCCCGAUAGGAGGAGUUCUCUUCAGCCUGGAGGAGGUGAGUUACUACUUCCCUCUGAAGACACUGUGGCGCUCCUUCUUCGCCGCCCUUGUGGCUGCCUUUGUCCUGCGCUCCAUCAACCCCUUUGGUAACAGCCGUCUGGUGCUGUUCUAUGUGGAGUACCACACGCCAUGGUACCUGUUUGAGCUGAUCCCGUUCAUCCUCCUGGGAGUCUUCGGAGGUCUCUGGGGAGCCUUUUUCAUCCGAGCUAACAUUUCCUGGUGCAGGCGGCGCAAGUCAACGCGCUUCGGGAAGUACCCAGUGUUGGAGGUGAUCCUCGUGGCCGCCAUCACAGCUGUGGUCGCUUUCCCGAACCCGUACACGCGCCAGAACACCAGCGAGCUGAUAAAAGAGUUGUUCACUGACUGCGGCCCGCUGGAGUCGUCUCAGCUCUGCCAGUACCGCAGCCAGAUGAACGGCAGCAAGGCCUUCUCUGAUAACCCCAACCGGCCGUCGGGGCCCGGUGUCUACGCCGCCAUCUGGCAGCUCUGCCUGGCUCUCAUCUUUAAAAUCAUCAUGACUAUAUUCACAUUUGGACUCAAGGUGCCGUCAGGCUUGUUCAUCCCCAGCAUGGCAAUCGGGGCGAUCGCAGGGCGAAUCGUAGGCAUCGCCAUGGAACAGCUGGCCUACUACCACCAUGACUGGUUCCUGUUUAAAGAGUGGUGUGAGGUCGGAGCAGACUGCAUCACUCCAGGUCUUUACGCUAUGGUGGGGGCAGCGGCGUGUCUGGGUGGUGUGACCCGAAUGACGGUCUCCCUGGUCGUCAUCGUCUUUGAGUUGACUGGCGGUUUAGAGUACAUUGUCCCCCUCAUGGCCGCGGUCAUGACCAGCAAAUGGGUGGGCGACGCGUUUGGCCGCGAGGGAAUCUACGAGGCCCACAUCCGUCUGAACGGAUACCCCUUCUUGGACGCCAAGGAGGAGUUCACCCACACCACGCUGGCCAGGGAGGUGAUGAGGCCACGUCGCAGUGACCCGCCGCUAGCCGUGCUGACGCAGGAUGACUUGACGGUGGAGGAGCUGCAAAGCGUCAUCAACGAAACCAGUUAUAAUGGUUUCCCUGUGAUAGUGUCCAAGGAGUCUCAGAGGCUGGUGGGCUUUGCUCUGCGAAGGGACAUCACUAUCGCUCUAGAAAAUGCUCGUCGUAAGCAGGAGGGAAUCCUGCUAAACUCCAGAGUGUACUUCACUCAGCACGCACCCACCCUGCCGGCCGACAGCCCUCGGCCCUUAAAGCUGCGCUCCAUCCUGGACAUGAGCCCCUUCACUGUCACCGACCACACGCCCAUGGAGAUCGUGGUGGACAUCUUCAGAAAGCUGGGGCUGCGCCAGUGUCUUGUCACUCACAACGGGAUUAUGUUGGGCAUCAUCACAAAGAAGAAUAUAUUAGAGCAUCUGGAGGAGCUCAAGCAGCACAAGGAGCCCCUGGCGGCUGCUUGGUAUUAUCACAAAAAAAGAUAUCCUCCGUCACAUGGCGCAAAUGGCAAACCUAGAUCCCGAGUCCAUUAUGUUCAACUGAUCUGCUCCUUCCAGGACGGCAGAGUGGGAGAGGACGACGACACUAAUCAGGGGGAGGAGGAGGAGGAGGAGGAGGAGGUGCGUCUCCUUGACGACUCUGAUCUCUGACAUUCGGAUCCUGGUUGUUGUUGUUUUCUGUUUUGUUUUGUUAUCAGCUUUGUGGUGAACCUCGCUGACUGUCUGACUGACGGUGGCUCACACGGCCUCAGUGGCCCAUUUAAAGACUUGUUAUUAUUCUGGCUGCUGAGGUCAUUUGGAGGUCACGGGUCGAGGACAGACACACACACACACAAACACACACACACACACACACACGGAAAUGCACUUUUUACACACACACCGUGAACAUGCAUGCUCUCUCUCUCUCUCUCUCUCCACACUCGAACACACGACCUGUAAAAUAAACGCUCUUCCUCCGUCUGCCUCACUUCCUGUCUCGUCUCUGCUGUGCUCGUGGUAGGUGGGCGUGGCCUGGCUCAGGGGAUCAAAGGUCAGCAUGAACCGCCGAUCAGGGACGCGAUGAGGGACCUUUAACUUCGAAUCAGGCGUCUGAAUUGCCGCACACGCAGACACACAUACACACACACACACACACACACACACACACGUGUCCACACCUGCUGUCCGUCCUCCAAAACAUGCUUUGUUUACCCGUGAAUUGUGUGUGCGUGCGUGUGUGUGUGUGUGUGUUUGAGAAUAUGUGCGUGUCCUAAAAGCCACUACAUUCCAGCCAGGUUACCAUGGGAACUGAGAGGACGUGCGAUAUAUACUGAGAUGGCUUUAACCUGUGUGUGUGUGAGUGUGAGUGAGAGAGUGUAUUUGAGGUGAAGAGACAUAGACGGGUACUGUGUUUCAAGAAGUGAAGGAUAAAAUGAGUGUGUGUUUUCAUUUCUGAGCCAGCUUGAACAUGUGUGUGUGUGUGUGUGUGUGU